CCGCGGCGCGCCCAGCGCUCCCCCGAGAUGGCGCGGCAGGGCCUGAGCCGGGCGCUGGUCACGGCCUCCUGGCUGGCCGAGGCGGUGCGGGCCGGCCGCGUGGGCGCCGGCCUGCGGGUGCUGGACGCCUCCUGGUACCCCCCCAAGGAGCGGAACGCCCGGCAGGAGUUCAAGGAGAGGCACAUCCCCGGGGCGUCGUUCUUCGACAUCGAGGAGUGCCGCGACAAGUCGUCCCCCUACGACUUCAUGCUGCCCAGCGAGUCGCAGUUCGCCGACUACGUGGGGGGGCUGGGGGUCAGCAAUGACACCCAUGUGGUGGUGUACGACGGGGACCAGGUGGGCACCUUCUACGCGCCCCGCGCCUGGUGGAUGUUCCGCGCCUUCGGGCACAAGGAGGUCUCCGUGCUGAACGGGGGCUUCAAGAAUUGGCUGAAGGAGGGGCACCCUGUCACGGCGGAGGUCACCCAGCCCACCCCGGCUGUCUUUAAGGCCAGGCUGAACAGGGCCCUGGUGAAGACUUUUGACGAGAUGGUGCAGAACGUGUCGUCCCUAAAGUUCCAGGUGGUGGAUUCCCGCCCCGAGGGCCGGUUUCGGGGGACGGAACUGGACCAAGGGUUGGAAUCUGGCCACAUCCCUGGCGCUGUGAACAUACCCUUCAACUCAUUCCUAUCAGAAACAGGGCACGAGAAGAGCAUCGAGGAGAUCCAGGAGAUAUUCCGUGCCAAGAAGGUGGAUCUGUCGAAGCCGCUGACGGCCACGUGCCGCAAGGGCGUGACGGCAUGUCAGAUCGCGCUGGCCGCCUUCCUGUGCGGCAAGCGCGACGUGGCCGUGUACGACGGCUCCUGGUCCGAGUGGUUCCACCGCGCCCCGCCCCACUACAAGGUGUCCGAGGCAAAGCGUGGCAAGGCCUAGCAGGGAGGAGGUGGGAUGAAGGAAAAAAAAAAUCACAUUUACGUUCUGCCGAUUUUUAAAGAAUUAUCGUUAGGUUUCUAUUGGACUUUUGAUUUUUGACAAUUAAUAAAAUCUCAUAUGAUGCAUCUGUCA